AUGUCGACGAGGAGUGAUCAGGUUACUGCGGCGGCCAAUACACAGAUGUUCUUCAGUCCAAGUGGUUUUACUGGGCCACGUCACAGAAAUUUUAAGAAGGGGAAGAUUACAAGCGUUUUAAUACCCCUAGAGCUAGUUCGAGUGGACGCAGCUCAUGAAGUGCUGGAGUGCCAUUAUGCUAAACAGUGUCUGAUGUCAGGAGCACAAGGGUCUACUGCUAGUGAGGCUCAAGACUCUAAUGCAGUUGUGCAAGGUAUCUUUACUACAGCUUCUAUGGAUGCCUUAGUAUUAUUUGAUCCGGGUGCGACGCAUUCAUUUUUUUCGCCGAGUUUUUCAAUUAAGAUGGGGAAACAACCCACUUAUUUGCAGAAUCCAUUAUCAGUAGCCACGACAAUGGGUGAAAGUAUGGAUACGGACAUAGUUUAUCCGUCUUGUCCUAUGAAUGUUCAAGGACGAGAGUUGUUUGCUGAUCUAGUUUUACUAGAGGUGCUAGCAUUUGAUGUUAUAUUGGGUAUGGAUUGGUUAGCUCAACAUUAUGCAAAUGUGGAUUGCACUAAUAAGCUGGUGAUAUUUAAUACCCCUGGAAUUGAAUAA